GCUCACUUACACGCGCCGCUGCUGCCGCGUCCCACGCAUCCCGGCCUCCUUCCAGCUCCCAGAGAGCAACACUCCCGCUCCUCCGCCCUCCACGCCGCUCCCGCUCCGCACGGCCGUCGCGCAGACCAGUGCCGACGCUCCGUCCGUCACCCGUGUCGCGUGGCGCAGCGAGCCGUGCCCGUCGCACCGCACCGCCGCGCCCGCCCUCCAGCUCCACCAACGUCGGCCACCGCGCCGCCGCCGCGUCUGAAGGCCGCCGCUGCCGCCGCCUGUCGCGUCUGCCGCGAGCGCCGUCCGCGCGAGCGUGUCGCCUGCACGCAGCAUGUCGGCCGCCAGUGCCAAUGGCAACGGCGCCGUGCCGUCGUCGUCGAGUGCGCCGCAGGGUGCUGCUGCGCCGGCUCCCGAUGCUGCCGUCGCGGGGCCCGCCGGCAUGCCGCACAUCCCUGAGCAUGUACAGCAGGCCCUCAGCGGCCUGAACAAGCAGCGCCUGCAGGGCAUGGUGCAGCGCAUGCAGCAGCUCAAGGCCGCCGGCGAGACGGAGCAGUCCAGCCAGGAGCUGGCGAACCUCGUCAACAUUCUGCGCUACUUCCAGCAGGUCCAGCUCAUGAAGCAGCAGCAGCAGCAGCAACAGCAGCUGCAGCAGCAGGCGCAGCAGAGCGCGUCGCAGGCGAACGCGCAGCAGGCUGCCUCCAGCUCGUCGUCACAACCGGCCGCGAGCACAUCACAAGCGGCGACGCCAGCAGCGGCAGCAGCCUCGACGCCUGCCGCGCCCGCGCCUGAGGCGGCGUCGACGCCCGCUGCGGCUGCGAACGGCGAUCACAGCAGCGCGAAUGGCGCCAACGGCGUGGUCGCGAGCGCCAGUGGGCCGGCGAGCCAAGCUGCCUCUGCCGCGGCGCCGUCACCAGCGGCCAAUGGCACGCCGACGACGAACGCUCCAUCGGCAUUCACGCCGGAGCAGCUGGCAGCGCUCAAGACGCAGAUCAUUGCCUUCAAGCUGAUCUCGCGCAACAUGCCGCUGCCGCCGCAUCUGCAGGCCGCUCUGCUCAACCCUGACGCGGCGAUUGACGAGAUCCGCGGCGGUCUGCCGGAUCUCCAGUCGCUUGGCGAGGCGGGCGCCGUCGCGGAAGCGGGCGUGGCCGCGCACCAGGCGGCCGAGCUCGUCUCCACCGCGAAGGAGGAGGCCGCGAAGGCAGCGAUGGUGAAGCGGCCGGCGACGCCGAAAGACGACACGUCCAGCGCCGUGUACCCGUACAACGCGCUGCGCCAGCCCUUCACGUACCUUUCGAAGCCGGCCACCGGGCCGGAAGACUCCGCGGCGACGAAGCAGCAGCGUCUGCUCGUCCCGAGUCUCCUGCCGGCUGGCCUCGACCCGCAGCUGCUCAUCGCAGAGCGCGACCGGCUGAUUGCCGCACGCGUGCAGCAGCGCAUUCGCGAGCUCGAGUCGCUGCCGUCCACCAUAUCGCAGUGGCCGACGUUGCGAGGCGCAGACGCCGCGGAGAUGAAGCGAGAGCAUGACGGGCGCGACGAGGGCGAGGACCUGUGGGAGAGCAGCACGUUCGAGGCGGACAACGCCAAGAUCAAGGCGCUGAUCGAGCUCAAGUCGCUCAAGCUGCUGGAGAAGCAAAAGGCGCUACGGCACUCGCUCGUGCGCGGCUUCAGUGCGGCGUCGACGCUCGCGCUCGACCGCACCGCAUUCCGCAAGUUCAAGAAGCAGACGCUGCGCGACGCACGUCUCACCGAGACGCUGGAGCGGAAACAGCGCGCGGACCGCGAGCGGCGCACGCGCCAGAAGCACACCGACUAUCUCAACACGAUCGUCGCGCACGGUCGCGAGCUGCAGGCGGCGCACCGCAACGCGCAGAGCAACGCGCAGCGCAUCGGCAAGUCCGUGCUGCGCCUGCACGCCGAGACGGAGAAGGAGGAGGCCAAGCGCCUGGAGCGCAUCGCCAAGGAGCGUCUGAAUGCGCUGCGUGCCGACGACGAAGAGGCCUACCUCAAGCUCGUCGACACGGCCAAGGACACGCGUAUCACGCAUCUCAUCCGCCAGACCGACGCAUACCUCGGCUCGCUCGCCGACGCCGUGCAGGCGCAGCAGAACGACGACGUGCACGCCGACGCCAUCGCGGCCGAGCGCGCAGGCAUCGCGCCGCCGACAGCCGAGGAGCUCGCCGCGCAGACAGCCAACCAGCAGGUCGGCGUGGCCGUCGAUGAGACGAUGUUCGGCGCGCGGCGCGAGGACGACCCGGUCGAGAAGGGCAAGGUCGACUACUAUUCCGUCGCGCACCGCAUCACCGAGCACAUCACCGAGCAGCCGACGAUCCUCGUCGGCGGCAAGCUCAAGCACUACCAGAUCAAGGGCCUGCAGUGGAUGGUGUCGCUGUACAACAACCGGCUCAACGGCAUUCUCGCCGACGAGAUGGGCCUGGGCAAGACGAUCCAGACGAUCUCGCUCAUCACGUUCCUCAUCGAGCACAAGCGGCAGCCCGGCCCGUACCUCGUCAUCGUGCCGCUCUCGACGCUCACAAACUGGAUCAACGAGUUUGAGAAGUGGGCGCCGUCGGUCAACACGCUCGUCUUCAAGGGCCCGCCGCUGGCGCGCAAGCACCUGUCGAACCGCAUCCGCGCCGGCAACUUCCAGGUGCUGCUGACGACGUACGAGUACAUCAUCAAGGAGAAGGGCCUGCUGGGCAAGAUCCGCUGGACGCACAUGAUCAUCGACGAGGGCCACCGCAUGAAGAACACACAGAGCAAGCUCACGAUCACGCUCAUGCAGUCGUACGUGUCGCGCUACCGCCUGCUCCUCACGGGCACGCCGCUGCAGAACAACCUGCCCGAGCUGUGGGCGCUUCUCAACUUCGUGCUGCCCAAGAUCUUCAACUCGGUCAAGUCGUUCGACGAGUGGUUCAACACGCCCUUCGCCAACACGGGCACGAGCGGCGACGGCGCGAUGCAGCUCAACGAGGAGGAGGCGCUGCUCAUCAUCAAGCGUCUGCACAAGGUGCUGCGUCCCUUCCUGCUGCGUCGUCUGAAGAAGGACGUCGAGAGCGAGCUGCCGGACAAGGUCGAGAAGGUCAUCAAGUGCAAGAUGAGCUCGCUGCAGCGCAAGCUCUAUCAGCAGAUGAAGAACCACAAGAUGCUCCUCGCCGGCGACGAGGCCGGCCCGGGCCAGAAGCAGAAGCAGCAGGGCAUCAAGGGCCUGCAGAACGCCAUCAUGCAGCUGCGCAAGAUCUGCAACCACCCGUACGUCUUCGAGCAGGUCGAGGUGGCCAUCAACCCGAUGAAGCAGAACGGCCCGGACCUCUACCGCGUCUGCGGCAAGUUCGAGCUGCUCGACCGCCUGCUGCCGAAGCUCAAGGCGACGGGGCACCGCGUCCUGAUCUUCUUCCAGAUGACGGCCAUCAUGGACAUCAUGGAGGACUUCCUGCGCUACCGCAACCACAAGUACCUGCGCCUCGACGGCUCGACGAAGCCCGACGACCGCUCGCUGCAGCUCAAGGAGUUCAACGCGCCAAACUCGGACAUCUUCUGCUUCAUUCUCUCGACGCGCGCCGGUGGUCUGGGCCUGAACUUGCAGACGGCCGACACCGUCAUCAUCUACGACUCCGACUGGAACCCCCACCAGGACUUGCAGGCCCAGGACCGCGCGCACCGCAUCGGCCAGAAGAUGGAGGUGCGCAUUCUGCGUCUCGUCACCGAGAAGUCCGUCGAGGAGGCCAUUCUCGAGACGGCGAACCGCAAGCUGCAGAUCGACGGCAAGGUCAUCCAGGCCGGCAAGUUCGACAACUCCUCGGGCAACGAGGAGCGCGAGGACCUGCUGCGCGCGAUGCUCGAGGCGGACCAGGACGAGGAGGAAGAGGAGGAGGGCGAGCUGGGCGACGACGAGCUCAACCAGAUUCUCGCGCGUGGCGAGAACGAGGUGGGCAAGUUCGAGGAGAUGGACAAGCAGCGCGAGAAGGACUACGCCGAGGAGUGGCGCGCGCGCGGCCACAAGGGCAAGAUCCCCGAGCGCCUCAUCCAGGAGAGCGAGCUGCCGUCCAUCUACCAGCAGGACUUUGACGCCGUGGCGCUCGACGCACCCGUCGAGGAGGAGCCGCUGGUCCGCAAGCGCAACGUCGUGCGCUACGACGACGGCCUGACGGAGGAGCAGUUCCUGCGCGCCCUCGAGGACGACGACGUCGACAUGGCCGAGAUCGUCGAGCAGAAGCGCGAGCGUGCAGACAAGCGGAAGGCCAAGCUGCUCGCCGCAUCGCGCGAGGACUCGCAGACGGCGACACCCGAGCCGAGCACGUCGAAGAAGAAGGGCAAGAAGCUGCUCGGCGACACGCCCGACGCCUCGCCCGGCCCGUCCGGCAGCGCCGCGCGCAAGCGCAAGCGUGCCGCCGGCCCCACCGACACGCCCACGCCCGACCGCGACGAGUCGCCGGCACGCGGCGGCGCCAAAAGCGGUGCUGCUGCGGGCGGCAAGCGGCAAAAGACCGCCGACGACGCGCAGCGCGACCGGCUCAAGGAUGCACUGCUGCGCUGCUACCGCGCGCUCGAGAAUGCGCACGACGACGACGGUCGCCAGCGCUGCGCGCUCUUCGUCGAUAUUCCCAAGAAGCAGGACUACCCCGACUACCACGUCAUCAUCCAGCAGCCGAUCGCGAUGCGCCAGGUGAAGCGCCGCAUCGACAAUCGCACCUAUCGGCAGGCGUACAAGUGCCGCGACGACAUCCACCUCAUGGUCAAGAACGCCAAGACGUACAACCAGGAGGGCUCUUGGGUGUGGAACGACGCCGUGGCGCUGCUGGAGGCCUUCGAAGCGGCCUACGACCUGAACGUGCGCGGCACGGACCUGCCCGGCAUCGAGGAGGGCCAGGAGGAUGCGCCGCCGGCGGCCGAGGAGCCCGACGAUGCGCCGAGCAGCGCGCGUCCGCGCAUCAAGCUCUCCGUCAAGCGAGGCCGUGUGGCGCCCGACGAUGAGUGAAGCAAGCCCGCUGCAUCGUCUGUCCCAGCAUGCGCCGUUCUGUCACCUGCGUUGUGUUUCCAUCCGCCGCGGCCCCCGCGCCCUGCGCCGAGCCGCGUGCGCCCUGUACCAGUACCCGUAGAUCCCACUCGCAGCAAACGAUGACAUUGCUCCU